AUGCACGUCAAGUCACAUUGCCCCACUUCAGAUAAAUUACCGACGAUAAAAGAUUUGUCUUUAAACCUACAGAAUCCUUCCGGGCCUAAGGUUAUAGUCGAUAAGGCGCUUGGAAAAACAUUUUGGACAAAAGAUACUAGCUGGUCAAAUAUUUCACUGAAAGCAUCUUCAAACUAUAAACCUGAAAUUGACAGUGCAAGAAAACCGAAUUAUAUAUCGCGUUAUUUGAUUGGAAUAGCUGACAUGCAGAUAGUCAUUACGUUAGAAAGGGGUGCAGACAAGGGCGAAUGGACAAUUAGUGGCGAGUGUUCAAACUUCGAUGAGAACUGCGACAAAUCUGUCAAUGAACCAAUAAGAACUAUACCACAGUGGAAGAAAGUAUUCAACGGAAAUUUUAACCACAACGAUAGAAUCAAAUUCAGAGUAUCUGCUAAAAAUGGGGGCAAGGUUUUCUACGAAGAUAGAAGUGCUAAUAAGCCCUAUCCGGAAAGGCAGUAUUUACUUAAUGGAAUAGCAACAGAGGAAGUUCUCUUCAUUGGAUUUGACGUGCUCCCACCUGUACAUUGUUUUGAACAAAGCAACGAUUGUACACAAGAUGCAUUAACAGCAACUGAUUUUUUAACACAGCCGAUGGUGACCGUACAAUGGGAUGGAUGGACGGACAAUGAUUCUGGAAUAGAUAGAUAUGAAUUUCUCAUUUACUAUUUAGUCGCGAAAACACCGGGAGCUCAACUUACCAAUGGCGAAUCUUUAGAUCCCAUCAGUUCAAAUCAAUCAUCCAUUACACUUGAUCUUAAAGAUCCGGGGCCUUAUUCAAUUGAGAUAACUGUAUUCGACCGUGCAGGAAAUUACAAAACUGCUAGACGAAUCGUUUUCUUUGAUAAUGCCUCCGUUGUUAACCUUAGUGGUGAAAAACCUAGAAUUGUUCAAGCUCAAGAGAACGGUUGGAUAAAUAAAUACAGCGACACUGUUGAUGUUGUUUGGCCUGGAAGAUUCCGAAAUAUCAGACAUAGCAAUGGAGAGUGGUUGAAUGAUGUUCAUAAAAAUGAUCAUGUUUCCAGAGACCUUGAUGAUCGCGAAGGAAGAUCCAGUAGAACAGUGGAAAAGAUUGAUAACAUUGAAGGAAUAAUACGAUUCGAAAUAGCGGAUAUGGUUGAAGUGAACAACCAUUCUAAAUAUACCAAUUACACACAGGUCCCAGAGGAAUAUUUUCAUCUUGAAAAAAUGGUUUAUAAUGAUGAAGAUUUCAUUGAUGGCAAGAGGCUUACAUACUUUAUUCGCGGGGUUGAUGCUGUUGGGCAAUACGCUGAAGACAAUGUAACUGUGAUGAUAGAUCUCUCUCCUCCAAAGAUACAGAACCUGUGGCUGACAAAGGGAGAUUUGGUCAAUAUAAGUGUUCACAGUGUUUUGGAAUUGAAAGAACUUACUAUUGAAUGGGAAGCAUUUGACUACCACAGCGGUAUACAUGAAGUUUCGUGGAAGAUAUUUGAUAAUUUUACAAAGAAUGUGGUUGUUCAUGGACAGUCGCACGAACCGCCACAAGGCGAAACGAAGACAUUAAAUGAGUGUAAACGGAAGUAUGGAAAAUAUCCUAGGGGACCAAACUGCUACUGUUCACCAUAUGAUGGAUGCUUUCAUAAACAUUACCAAAUAAAACCUCCAGUUUCUAAUGGCAGUAACGGUGGGUUAGAAUUUGGAAAGGAAAUAGGUGAACAUGAUUAUGACUAUUUUAUAGAAGUAACUGUCAGGAACAUCGCUGGACUGACGACCGUUCAACAUAAAAAGAUUACGAUUGACACAUCACCGCCUCAUGAAGGUAUUGUCCAUGACGGUAUUUCUGGAGACCCAGAGGUGGACUUUCAACAGUUUCUUCAACUGGCAGGACACUGGGAUGGAUUUUUCGAUAAAGAAAGCGGUGUGUGGUUCUAUUCUUAUGGAUUCAGUGAAAGAUGUUUGAAUGAAAACGAUUUACACUUAAAGGUGAAUUGGACAUACGACAGUAGGGCAGAAUUUACAGUAACAAAAUCGGGUAAAUAUUACCUGACGGUAAUGGCAUAUAACCACGCCCUCGGCAACAGCAAGCCUGUUUGUUCUGACGGUGUAACCAUAGAUGUAAUGCCAGCAGUUGUAUCUGAAGUUGUUGUUAAAGAUGCAGUUACAGCUAGUGGACUCGUGAAAAGUGAUGUUGAUUGCACGGUUUACAUCCUACAUAGAAACAGAGAACUUGAAAAAGUCAGACUUCCUUCUAAAAGAUGCAGGAACCGAGCGACACCAGUGUCAGAUUCCAUGAUAGAACUUUACCCUCAUAAACGGCGUUCUAACAGAACAAUGAGUUUUGUCAUUUUAAAUGACAACUGUAAUGAUCUACAUGGAGUCCAUUCAGACUUGAUUUCGUACAUAACGUCCGGUUCGAAG